AACCCCGCCCCCUCAAAACAUCAGUCUUUCCGGUUCGAACGCCAUCAAGCAGUAGACAUGGCUAUCCGCUACCCCAUGGCAGUGGGCCUUAAGAAAGGUCAUCCGGUCACCAAGAACGUGGCUACCCCCAAACACAGCCGUCGGCGAGGGAGGCUGACCAAACACAGCAAGUUUGUUCGUGACAUGAUCCGUGAGGUGUGUGGGUUUGCUCCGUACGAGAGGCGAGCCAUGGAGCUGCUCAAGGUGUCCAAGGACAAGAGAGCCCUGAAGUUCAUCAAGAAAAGGAUCGGCACUCACAUCCGAGCCAAGAGAAAGAGAGAAGAGCUGAGCAACGUCCUGACUGCCAUGAGGAAGGCUGCUGCCAAGAAAGAUUGAAAUCUCACGCAAUAAACGUUGGUUCAACUUCAAA